GCUGCUGCUGCUGCCUAGCUUUGUGUGAGAGGAAAAGCACGCUAUCGCCACGGAACAUGCCUUAAUUAUCCUGGGGGGGUAAAAAAGUUCAGAUAAACGCCGGGAUAGAUAACGGGUUGUAACUUCACGGACUCUUAAACAAGUUUUUAUAGUGACACGGUGGGAUGAGAUUUGCUCGAGACGGGAUGCAGUCCACCUGGACACACACUGCACUGUUUGCGGCUCUUCUUGUGUUUUGGUCUGGACUUUCCCUGUCUACUGCAUGCAAUAAAGCCUUGUGUGCCAGCGACGUCAGCAAGUGUCUAAUACAGGAGCUGUGCCAAUGCAGGCCAUCAGAUGGGAACUGUUCAUGCUGUAAGGAGUGUAUGCUGUGUCUGGGCACGCUGUGGGAGGAGUGCUGUGACUGUGUGGGCAUGUGCAACCCUAGGAACUACAGUGACACACCAGCCACCUCGAAAAGCACUGUGGAGGAUCUCUAUAGGCCUAUUCCCUCUCUGUUCAGAGCGCUCACUGAGGGUGAAGCCCCUAUCAACAUGAUGGUGGUCUCUUUUCCAGUGGCAGAGGAGCUGUCUUACCAUGAGAGCCUGGUCUCCUUCUUGGAGACCAUGGAAGAUCAGCAUCAAAAUGUCUCGUUGCCUGGCAACAGCAUUCAUUCUAGUUAUGAUAACACUCAAGAAAACAUGUGCACAGUAGUGUACUUUGACGACUGUGUUUCGAUUCGUCAGUGUAAGCAGUACUGUGAGUCGAUGGGAGGCUCGAAGUACCGUUGGUUUCACAACGCAUGCUGCGAGUGCAUUGGGCCCGAGUGUAUUGACUACGGCAGCAGAGCAGUGAAGUGCAUGAACUGUCUCUUUUGAACCACUAGCCUUUGAGAGUUGUGGAUGCCUCAUACUCCUGCCACCAGAGGGCACAAUGACAGGACCAUAGGCUCAGAUGAUGCUGACCUGGAAUUGGGAAAUAAGAGCCGACAAUCAUGUAAAUUACAAGCCCUUGUGUUUUUUGCUCUUUGUAUUAACCUUUUACACUUUCAUAGGUUUCUAGAAAAAAAAAAAAUAUGGCUAUUGUAUUUUUUAUAUGAAUCAUUGCAUAGGCAAUCAUUCUUCAAAUUGUAUUUGAAAGGCCACAUUAAUGCUUUCUGUAGCAUGGUCACUUUAAUCAUGUUUACUAUUCAAACCCAACUGAUGGAUAUCAAGGUACAUUAUGGGGUUACAAAAAAAAAUCAGAAAAGUCCAUAUAAUAUUUGCAGGUAGUCAUACAAUAGCACAUAGCAUGUUAAAAGUACUGCAGAUGCAGUGAAGUUUUUAUAGUGAAGGUUUGUUGAGAUAUUCUUAUUCAUAAAUUCCUAUUCAGCACAGACGAAGGGACCGGAGCCAUAUAUACACAAAGGAAAGCAUCCAUGUCUUAUCACACAGAUAUGAUGAGGAAGCAAACAGAAGACUUGUCCUUAGAUCAGCAACCUGGUAAAGACUACAGCUGAAGGAUUCGUUUUAGUUGUUAUUGUAAUGAGCUGUUCUGAUACUGUUACUUCAGGGUACUUUAUGCAAAUUGACCGAGGAUGCUCUUCCUAAAACGCCUGCAUGUUUCAGAUUUUGUUUUGCAGUAAUCCUCAUUAAAAGAUAAGAACCAUGUGGAGUAAUAUGGUGUUCCUGGAGAGACCUACAUUUGAAGCAUACUCAACAGAUUUCAGUCAAGAAACCAACAAUCAUGUUUUCUUAACACGUUAUGUCACAGGAUCCAGUUGCAAAGCUCACAACACUUAGUUUGCUUAAGGAUGCAAGUUCCAGUUUGCUUUGUGGCAAUUAUAACCUAAGGUGGAGUUAUUGUAUUUUGCUUGUAAUUUCUAUAUAUCUAUAUAUCUAUUUUAUAUAUAUAUAUAUA